UUUACGGCAUAGUGUGUCUCGCUGUUAGGCGCUCAACCUUAAGAGUAAACAUACAGAGAUCACUCAUUUUCUUACAAUUUAAAUAAUCCCACGUUGAGGUUUUCAAGCGAGGAGAAAUGGAUGUUGGAGAGCUCCUGAAUUAUCAGCCUGAUAGAGGAGCAACACGUUCCAGAGAGGAUGAUGCAGGAGAGGAGGAUCUGAGAAGUGCAAAGCAUCAGAAGCUGAUGAGUGGCAGACACAGAGAUGGGACAGGAGCAGGAAAUGAGGGCGGUGGUGACAUGAAGGACAGUGGUGACUCGACUGUGGAUCGUAAGAAGAUCUUGGAGAAACUGAUGGACCAGGAUGAAGAUGAUCCUGAGGCAGAGCCGGUGGAUGAGAGCUCAGUGAAAAAAAUGAUCCUGACCUUUGAGAAACGAUCCUACAAAAAUCAGGAACUCAGGAUUAAGUUCCCCGACAAUCCAGAAAAGUUCAUGGAGUCAGAACUGGAUCUGAACGACAUUAUCCAGGAAAUGCAUGUGAUUGCUACCAUGCCGGAGCUUUAUCACCUGCUCGUGGAGCUCAACUCUGUUCACUCGCUGAUGGGCCUUCUCAGUCAUGAAAACACUGAUGUUGCCAUAGCAGUGGUGGACCUCCUCCAAGAGCUGACUGACAUUGACACACUCAAUGAGAGUGAGGAGGGUGCCGAGGUUCUCAUAGAUGCUCUGUUGGAGGGCCAGGUGGUCGCAUUACUGGUCCAGAAUAUGGAGCGACUGGAUGAGCAGGUUAAAGAGGAAGCUGAUGGUGUCUUCAACACACUGGCCAUUGUAGAAAAUAUGGCGGAGUUUAGACCAGGCCUUUGCACAGAAGCAGCUCAGCAGGGACUUAUGCAAUGGCUGCUCAAGAGAAUUAAGGCAAAGAUGCCUUUUGAUGCUAACAAGCUGUACUGCAGUGAAAUUCUUGCCAUCUUGUUGCAAAACAAUGACAACACGAGAGAACUCUUGGGGGAGCUGGAUGGCAUUGAUGUGUUACUGCAGCAACUAUCUGUGUUUAAACGUCACAAUCCGUCCACAGCUGAGGAGCAGGAGAUGAUGGAGAAUCUAUUCGAUGCACUGUGUUCCUGCCUAAUGCUGCCAGCCAAUCGGGACCGUUUCCUCAAGGGGGAGGGUCUUCAGCUAAUGAAUCUCAUGCUUCGGGAAAAGAAAAUGUCUCGGACCAGCUCUCUCAAAGUUCUGGACCAUGGGAUGAUAGGACCAGAGGGAGGAGACAACUGCCAUAAGUUUGUGGACAUCCUCGGUUUGCGAACCAUCUUUCCACUUUUCAUGAAAACACCUAAGAAGAUGAGGACCUCGGGCGCUUCUGAGAAAGAUCAUGAAGAGCACGUCUGUUCAAUUAUUGCCUCCAUGCUGAGAAAUCUCAAGUCCCAGCAGAGAAGCAGACUCCUAAAUAAGUUUACAGAGAAUGACUGCGAGAAGGUUGAUCGACUGAUGGAGUUGCAUUUUAAGUACCUGGAGGCUGUUCAACAGGCUGACAAGAGGAUCGAAGGGGAGAAACAUGAGAUGGUUCGCCGCGGCGAAAUCCUCGAUGACAACAUGGAGGAUGAGUUUUAUCUCCGUCGACUGGAUGCUGGUCUAUUUGUUCUUCAGUCCAUCUGCUACAUAAUGGUGGAGAUCAGCAACUCAGGAUUAUCACAGCUGCAGCAGAGAGUUCAUCAAAUUCUCAACAUAAGAGGAGGCUCCGUCAAAGCCGUGCGUCACAUCAUGAGAGAGUACGCAGAGAGCAUCGGGGAUGGCAAGAGCGAGGAGUACAAAGAGGCAGAGCGCAAGAGGAUCAUGGACCUGUUAGAAAACUUUUAAUGUACACAGACAGACACAGAAUGUUGUAUUGGAAUCAAGGAUUGCGUUGAGGGAUGGCAUUUAUCUAGUUUUUCCUGUAACAUUUUUGCUUUGGACGUGGUUUCCGUUUGUUUAAAACAUUCCUCCAAUCAAAACCCUUUCUCUUUUUUGGAUUGGAGUUGUUUGACUUUUUUUUCAUAUUCAGCCAGGCCAAAAUGUGCAUAACUUUAGAGUCUAAGCAAAUUUAACCCAAAAGGAUUUCUGGAGCUGUUAAUCAAAUUUACACUCAAUACCACUCAAUACUUUUCUUUUACUUGGACGUCCAUGGAGUGGAAUUCCCUCUGAACUGGAAAUUAUUUUGUGUAAUUAUCUCAUUCUCUGCUUUCAAGCAAAGCAGUUAAAAUCGCUCUGUGAACAAUCACCAAAAUCCGCAAGCUUAUUGUCGAGCCCUUGACGUCCCCAUUUGUUUUUUUUUUUUUUCAACCGCCCUUUUGUUUUGGAAUAUAGUUGGGAAUAUUUUCUAAUAAAGCAUUUGGUAAUAAAA